GGUUCCUGUUUGCUCCACUAUUUCAGCCGCCUAGGGUUGAAACAACUCAUUCCUCCGAUUUCAGGAUUACUAUCUUCCUCCUCGACCUUCUCCGAGUUCCUGAUCCUUCCUACGAUGUGGUUUCUGGGGAUUUCUCUCUGGGUUCGUGUGAUAGAUGGGUGACCGAGGGAACACCCUUUAUUGGAAAUGCUCCUAUUCUUCAGAGUCGGUUUCUCAUUUUCUCACCUUUACGCUUUGCUGCUGCUCUCAUUGACAGUCGAACCGUUUUGGAAUUCGUGAUAUUGUGUGUAUUUUGGGGAUGAAAGUUUUCUUUAAUAAGACUAGUGACAGUUCAUUAUUGAUUGUGGAGAAAUUUAUGACCAUCUAAUUUUAAUUUGAACAAGGGAGGAUGAAAAUGAUUGGGCGCAUUGCAUGUUUUAUCCAACUAGUACUCAUUUUUUCUUUGUUCUGAUAUUCUUCAGGAACAAUGGCUGUUGAAGUUGAUGUGGUUAACCAGGAACUGACCCAGCCUCAUCACGAUGUGAAGCUGUUCAACCGGUGGACCUUUGACGAUGUCCAAGUGAAUGACAUCUCUCUGGUUGAUUACAUUGGUGUUGCACCUGCCAAGCAUGCCACCUAUGUCCCCCACACUGCCGGGAGGUACUCUGUCAAGCGCUUUCGAAAAGCUCAGUGCCCAAUUGUUGAGAGGCUCACAAAUUCUCUGAUGAUGCAUGGAAGAAACAACGGGAAGAAACUCAUGGCUGUCAGGAUUAUUAAGCAUGCAAUGGAGAUUAUUCAUCUUCUAACUGAUCUCAACCCAAUUCAAGUCAUUGUUGAUGCGGUUGUUAACAGUGGACCACGUGAAGAUGCCACUCGAAUUGGCUCAGCUGGUGUUGUUAGGCGUCAAGCUGUGGAUAUAUCCCCUUUGCGACGUGUUAAUCAGGCAAUCUAUCUUCUUACAACAGGUGCUCGUGAGGCCGCUUUCAGAAACAUCAAAACAAUUGCAGAAUGCUUGGCGGAUGAACUUAUUAAUGCGGCAAAGGGAUCAUCUAACAGUUAUGCAAUCAAGAAAAAGGAUGAGAUUGAGAGAGUUGCUAAGGCAAAUCGUUGAGAGGUUAUUGUUAUGUGUUACGGCAAGAGUUUUCUUUUAUUUUUUCUUGUCUGUUUUACAUUCUUAAAAUGAACGCCAUAGUCUAAAUCUACCGGUUUUGAAUUUCUUAUUUGGACAAAUCAUAUCUACUAUCUGACUUAAAAGUUUUGGUAUCAGUGUCAUUUCAUCAGAACAGCCGAAUGCAUGUGUUUCUUGAAA